AUGAAGAAGUUCUUCCAGGAAAUCAAAGCGGAUUUGAAGUUCAAGACGGCCGGCCCGGGCCAGAAACUCACCGAGUCGCCUAGGGAAAAAUCCACCAAGGAAAAACCCAAACCGGAUGCUCCCAAAUGUCGGCAAGGCCCCACCAACGAGGCUCAGAUGGCUGCGGCCGCUGCCUUGGCUCGGCUGGAACAGAAGCCCAAACCCCGCCCUCCCUCGUCCCAAGACGCCAUCCGGAAUCAGGUGAAAAAGGAGCUUAUGGCUGAAGCGGCGGCGAGCGAUAAAGGGAUCCCUGUGGAUCAGAAGCGUCAUGGCACCUGUUUUUGCGCCCGGAGGUAUCUUGAUAAUAUCUACCUCCACCCGGAGGAGGAGAAAUAUCGAAAAAUCAAGAUUCAGAACAGAGUUUUCCAGGAAAGGAUCCACUGCCUGGAAGGAGCAGACAGUUUUUUCCAGGCGGUUGGAUUCGAAAAGGUUGCUCUGGAUGUCGGAGGACAAGAGGCCACGGAGGACUUCUACGUGCUGAAGGACGAAGCCUUGGAGAAGCUGGAGGACCUGAAAGAGCAGAGGGAGCAGCUGCUGACCGGCGAGCCGGUGAGGGCUCAGCUGGACCGCCAACUCCGCGUGUUCAAGCCGUCUCCACAGGCGUCUCGCUUCGAGCUGCCGAACGACUUCUUCAACCUCACGGCGGAGGAGCUGAGACGAGAGCAGAGGAUGCGGACAGAAGCGAUUGAAAAGGCCUCCAUGCUGAGGACGAAGGCCAUGCGAGAGAAGGAGGAGCAACGGGAGCUGCGCAGAUACAACUACACCCUCGUGCGCGUUCGCUUCCCUGACGGGUACAUCCUGCAAGGGACGUUUUACGCCCGAGAGCCGGUUUGCGCUGUGUUCCAGUUUGUGCGGGAGACUCUGCAGAACGACUGGCUGCCCUUUGAGCUGCUGGCCCCCGGGGGCCACAAGUUGACCGACGAGGGCCUGGCCCUCAACGAGUGUGGACUGGUGCCCUCCGCGCUGCUGACCUUCGUCUGGGACGCCGAGGUCAUGGCGGAUAUCCAAGCCUCCCGGGGCGAGCACAUGGGAAGCGUGCUGAAGCCCGACCUGCUGCUCACGGUGCAGAUGCUCUCCUGAAAAUAAAAGGCGCAAUGGGGUUGGAUCCGGCUCCGUC